CCCAAGCAAACGAAUUAUCUCUUCCGUGACGUUUGUAUGACGCUGUGGUUUAUGGAUUAGAGCUUCAGCGCAUGGCCACUAUCGACCCGAAACAUCUUCAAGCAAACGCUAUUUCCAUAUGGUAGCAUACCAUAAGCUGUGUUUUGAAGAGAAGUAGGUUUCUCAAAUUCAGAUAUGUCAAUUUUUAAAUCGCAUAAACUUUAUUUCCUUCUAAUUCUUAUUUCAUCACCGACAAUAUUCAGAACUGUUCGAUCACACCCGGUUUAUUACGAACGAAAUUUAAAUCAAUAUACUGAUUUUUACGAACAACUACAAGAACUUCUAGCUAUUCACAAGAAUCGGGUUGCCAGCCACGAAAAUGAAGUUAAUGACUAUCCAGUUGAAGUAAUAGGAUGGCCAAAAAACCAAACCUUUCCCAAAGGACAAACUGCAGGGGUUGAUGUGGACAGUGCUGGACGUGUGCAUGUUUUUCAUCGUGGUGAUGUAGUUUGGGAUGCUAAGUCUUUUGAUUGGAACAAUGUUUACCAACAUCAAGAUCAGCCUCCAAUAUCGGUAGAUUCAGUAAUCAUCUUUGAUUCGAAAACAGGGGAUAUCCAAAACAGCUGGGGAAAAAACAGAUUCUAUAUGCCACAUGGACUUACUAUUGACAAAAAUAAUAACACAUGGCUUACAGAUGUGGCCUUGCAUCAGGUUUUUAAGUUUAAACCUGGAGCAUCAGAACCAGAUUUAGUUCUUGGCCAGCGGUUUGUACCUGGAAACGAUGAGUCUCAUUUUUGUAAACCUACAGAUGUAGCAGUAGCCUCAUCAGGUAAAUUCUACGUCAGUGACGGCUACUGCAACUCCAGGAUCCUAAUGUUUUCACCUUCUGGACAAUUACUUAAAGAGUUUGGAAAAAAAGAUGACAUGCUGGUUCCACAUAGCUUGACUUUAUUAGAAAAUCUGGAUAUUCUCUGUGUAGCUGACAGAGAAAAUGAAAGAAUUCUUUGUUACAGUGCAGGUCUACAGGGGUCUUCUCCUGGUCUUCUUGUUAAAAACUUUCACAAAAACCUGGGACGCGUCUUUGCAGUGGCAGCAAGAGAUGAUCAUCUAUACAUGGUACAGGGACCAGGAAUAAUAGGAAAACAUCCUGUACAUGGUCUCACCCUCAGUCUCUCAACCAAAAAGAUCUUGAACAGUUGGAGCCCAGUUGAGGGUUUUGUAAACCCUCACGACCUUGCAUUGUCACCAGAUGGAACAUCACUGUAUGUAGUGGAAAUAGGAGAAAAUGCUGCUAAGAAGGUGUACAAGUUCAGUUUACAGAAACCUAAUUAGUGAUAUAUUAUUCUCAAGUCACAUUUCUGCAGGUUGGAGCUUUAAAAAGACUUACAAACUUAACUGUUUUUAUUUCAUUCAUUAUAAAUUUGAUGGUUGUUUGUGUUAAUUAUGUGGUUGAUUUUAAUUUAUAUGGUCAGUAUUAAAUUAUGAUUACUGAUUACAAAACAAAUAUCAGUUCAUCUAGAAAUAAAACAACAUUUAUUCAAA